UUUUGUGAUUUUAAGAAAUUACUUCAUCAUGUGGAAAUAAUGAAGUUAAAUAAUUUAGCUCGAACUUGAAGUACAUUUAAUACAUACCCAAUCAUUCACUCGCAUUUUCAUUUUGUUUUGCAUUGUUCUUUUUCAGUGAUAUGGACAUACAUUGCUCUUCAAAAAGGCUGAUAAGGAUGAAGUCACUCUACGACUUUUUAAAUUGUACUUGGGAGAAUAGGGGAGCAUAGGAGCUGCAGGCACAGCUACGUUGAAUUUCCGGGAUUUUUCAUGACUCUGGCGGCGUUUUAUCAAUGUAAUUUGAAUUGAAUCGACAUAAUAUUUUAGGCAGAAAUUGUUAUUGACAUUUAUACACACUUCGUCCAAAAUGAAGAAGUUUCGGAAGGUUUUGGACGGACUGACAACCUCUUCACCAGUUAAUGUCGGCAGUGCCCCGGUUUGCAGCAGCACGGCCGGUACUCCCACCGCAGCGGUGACUCCCAGAGAAAUUGAAGUGCAGGAGACGCUCGUUUCUGAAAACUUUCAGAUUUGUAAGACGGUUCGGCAUGGAUUUCCAUACCAACCCACUGCUCUGGCAUUUGACCCUGUUCAGAAGAUCCUGGCCAUUGGGUCUCGAUCGGGCGGUGUGAGAAUAUUGGGACGGCCUGGUGUUGACUGCUUCUGUCAGCAUGAGAGUGGAGCAGCUGUGCUUCAGCUGCAGUUCCUGAUCAAUGAGGGGGCGCUAGUCACAGCUUGUGCAGAUGACACACUUCAUCUGUGGAACCUACGGCAGAAGCGCCCAGCCAUCUUGCACUCUCUCAAAUUCAACAGAGAGCGCAUUACGUUCUGCCACCUGCCAUUCCAGAGUAAAUGGCUCUAUGUGGGCACAGAGCGUGGGAACACACACAUUGUCAACAUCGAGUCCUUCGUUCUAUCUGGAUACGUCAUCAUGUGGAACAAGGCCAUCGAACUAUCAACCAAAACACAUCCUGGACCCGUGGUUCAUUUGAGUGACAGCCCAAAGGAUGAAGGGCGGCUGCUGAUAGGUUUUGAGAGUGGGACAGUGGUACAGUGGGACCUCCGAGUCAAGAAGGCUGACUUCCGAAUCUACUAUGAUGAGGCCAUCCAUUCUGUCAGCUGGCACCAUGAAGGGAAGCAGUUCAUGUGCAGUCACUCAGAUGGCAGUCUCACCACCUGGAACCUGAGGAACACCUCCAAGCCCUUCCAGGUCACCUUCCCCCACGGGAAGGCACAGAGGGAUGGUAAGAAGCCAGAGUCCUGCAAGCCCAUCCUGAAGGUGGAGUACAAAACCACGAGGAACAGCAGUGAGCCCUUUGUCAUCUUCUCUGGGGGGUUGUCCUACGACAAGGCCAGCAGGAGGCCAACUCUGACCAUCAUGCACGGCAAGUCCAUAACCGUGCUGGAGAUGGACCACCCCAUUGUGGACUUCCUGGUUCUCUGUGAGACGCCAUACCCUAAUGAGGUCCAGGAGCCAUAUGCUGUGGCAGUGCUGCUGGAGAAAGACUUCAUUUUGGUGGAUCUCACUCAGAGCAGUUUCCCCAUCUUUGAGAACCCCUACCCCAUGGAUAUCCACGAGUCCCCGGUCACUUGCACGGCGUAUUUCGCCGACUGUCCUCCCGACAUCAUCCCCGUUCUCUACUCCAUCGGAGCGAAACACAAAAAGCAGGGCUACAGCCAUAAGGAGUGGCCAGUGAGCGGAGGCACGUGGACGCUGGGUGCACAAACCUACCCUGAGAUCAUCAUCACUGGACACGCAGACGGAUCGAUAAAGUUUUGGGACGCGACUGCCAUCACCUUACAGAUGCUAUACAAGCUGAAGACGUCCAAGGUGUUCGAGAAACCGAAGGCAGGGGAGGGCCGGGGGGCGGAGAUGGUGGAAGAAGACCCCUACGCCGUGCAGAUGGUCAGCUGGUGCCCGCAGAGCCGACUCUUCUGUGUGGUGGGCAUCUCCGCCCACGUCAUCCUGUACCGUCUCAGCAAGCACGACGCCACCACCGAGAUAGUGUCACUGGAAGUGCGCCUGCAGUGCGACGUGGAGGACGUCCUGUCUCCGUGCGAGGCCGAGAGCACCCCUGGUCUCUCGGACCAGAGCUCACACUCCCCCCAGCAGGCCCCUGCCAGCCCGGGGAGCGUCACCCCCGAGGGCCUGCGUGACAGCAUCCCCUGCCUCAAGGUAAAGAACAGGCCAGUCAGGAUGCCCCCUGGGUACCAGGCGGAACUGGUGGUGCAGCUGCUCUGGGUGGAUGGGGAACCUCCCCAGCAAAUCACAAGCGUGGACAUAAACUCUGCCUACGGCUUGCUGGCUCUUGGGAACUGUAAUGGGCUGGCGGUGGUGGACUACCUCCAGAAGAGCAUUCUGCUUUGCAUGAGCACCCUGGAAUUAUACGGCUCCAGUGACCCCUACCAGCGGCUCACUCGCUCCCCUCGCAAGAACAGACAAUUCACUCAAGACAACUUUUGCAUGCGUGGCCUGUCUAACUUUUAUUCAGAUUCAAAGAAAAGGAUCCGUACCUCCUACCAGAGCCUUACAGAACUCUCCGACAACCAGGUGCCCCUGGAGCUGGAACGGAGCAGGUCGCCCACUUCAGUUCCAUACCCAACCUCCCUUCACAAUGAUCCUCGUUCCUUUCCUGAACCCGUGGCCAAUCUGAAAGCCAGCCACUACAGUCCAGUCUUUCACUUGCUGGACAAUGUUAGGGGACCAGACAGAAAGCUAAGUCUGCCAACAGAUCUUAAGACUGAUCUUGAUCAUGUAAAUGGACAUUGCACUAGCCCCACCUCCCAGCCCUGCGUUGCUGGGAAGCCACGCGUCCCCGGUCCCGAGGGCCCCAGGCUGAGCCGGCGGGGGCCCGGCCGACCGCCCUUCCGAAAGGCCCAGUCUGCCGCUUGCAUGGAGAUCUCUUUGCCUGUUUCCCACACGGAAGGCUAUGCCUCCAAGCGUGCAAUGCUUCAGCAAUUACACGGAGUCAGUAUGUACUCUCACGAUGAGCACCACGCCACCAUGUACUCCUGGAGUGAGAAAGAAAGCCGGGAGAACUCCUUCAGCCGCUCGCGGAGCUCCAGCGUCUCCAGCAUUGACCGCGAGACCAAGGAGGCCGUCACCACGCUGCGCUUCAUGGAGUCAUGCGCCCGCAAGGCGGACACGGCGCCCGCGCCCUCCCUGUGGGUGGGCACCAGCCUCGGGGUGGUGCUCGUCAUUGGCCUCUCCAUCCCGGCCGACGAGGAGGAACGGCUGGACGAGCCCGUGGCGGUGGCGCCGAGCGGAACAGUGCUGAUGCUGAAGGGCUCUGUACUGACAUUCGGGUCUUUGGAUUGUGGGGGCUCUCUGAUCCCCAGUCCCUACGAGGUGUGGAGGGACCCCCACGCGCCUGAGGACCCCGACCGCCCUCGCAAGCGAAAACUGGUCAACUUCUCUCCCUCCUCGUCCCAGGAGGUGGCCGGGGACGGCCACCUGGCCGUGGUGUGCUCCGAGAGGCAGGCCAAGGUCUUCCUGAUGCCUGCACAGACGUGCCUCUUCGUCCACAACAUCACGGAGUCCUCGUUUGUCCUGCGCUCGGACGUCGUGUCCGUCUGCAACAGCGUCUGCCUGGCCUGCUUCUGUGCCAACGGUCACGUCAUGACCCUCAGCUUGCCUAGCCUGCGCCCCCUGCUGGAUGUGAACUACCUGCCGCUGACAGACAUGCGCAUCGCUCGCACCUUCUGCUUCACCAACGGGGGGCAGGCUCUCUACCUGAGCACCCCCACUGAGAUUCAGCGUAUCACCUACAGCCAGGAGAUGUGUGACAAUCUGCAGGAGUUUCUGGGGGAGCUGUUCACUCCAGUGGAGACCCCUGAGGCCCAGAACAGAGGCUUCCUUAAAGGUUUCUUUGGUGGGAACGCCCAGACCUUCGACAGGGAGGAGCUGUUUGGGGAAGCAGCAGCAGGGAAGGCAUCCCGAAGCCUGGCCCAGCACAUCCCGGGCCCGGGGGGUAUGGAGGGCAUGAAGGCAGCGGCCGGGGGCGUGGUGGGAGACCUCGCCAGGGCCCGCAUAGCACUGGAUGAGAGGGGCCAGAGGCUAGGCGAGCUGGAGGAGCGCACCGCGCUAAUGAUGUCCAGCGCAGAGGCCUUUUCCAAACACGCCCACGAGCUGAUGCUGAAAUGCAAGGACAAGAAGUGGUAUCAGUUUUAAAGAGGGGGUGGAGUCUGCUCUCGUUCCUGUGGGACACAGAGGUGGGAUAUGGACCUUCACUCUAUCGAACAGAGACGCAAGACUGGCUAUGCGUUUGCGUUCUUCCCAACAACAAGCCAGAGCAGGAUUUUCAUUGGUUGGUGGAGCUGAACAUGGAUGGCCGGCUGCUGUAGAUUGUGGGGAGAUGGACACAGACCAAAGGUUUGUGAGACGAGGUCCCUGGCAUCACCCCCCCAUGCAGGACUACAGUCCACCUCUGUGUUGGGAUGCUCUCACUAGACAUAGCUCAAGAUGAGUGGAUACUGUAAAGUUAUAGAAAUAAGACCGAUUGCAUGAAAUGAAAUGGAGGAAUAAAACAAUAAAACUGCCAUAUUAAAAGCAGCAUGUUACUUCAAAGAAAGUUUUAUUAAA